AUGGCUUCGUUCUUAAACAAGAUCAAGCGUGGUACUGGGGCGCUUCCGCAGUCACACUCAGAGCAAAGUCAUGAGCAGUCCCUCACCACAAUCUUAUCUACCCAUGAAGAUAAGUCAGAAUUACUGCUGAUAGUUGCCAAUUGUGUGGGUUCUAUGCGACGGCAGGUAAUAGACAUCUUCGAUCCUGAAAGAGGUCACGAAAGCUGGACUCGUUCACUGUCGACCCUAUCUGGAAAGGAUCAAACACUCGCUCAUAGUGGAGAGUCUACUGAGGCUGAGGCAGCAAAGUCUUCAAAAGGAACCAGCCCGGCACAGGAAGAAGAAGCACGGAAGAAACGCUACGAAAGAAGGGCGAAGGAAUUGUCUAGUUCUGAGAUGAUAGCGUUGAGAGAUGCAACGUUGAACCAUUUCGACACGUGGAGAGACAAGGUCAUUCAGCGCUUAGGCGAAGCCAUCAACCAGCACCAAGAUGAUGAAUUUGAUGCGUCGAAGAACAUGCCUCAAACUCAUAGUCGAGAGGAUGAGCUCAGCCAAGAGCUGGAGGAUCCCGAGUCAGAUCACGCAUUGGAGCAGCCGUAUCCUCCUCAAGAAACUCCACUACGAAGCUUGCCCCAAGCUCAAAGGGUACUCAUCUUGCACUCCCUUGUACUGUUACUCCUUAGCCUUGAGGCUUACACUGCGGAAUCUCGUGUCCUCUUGCUUCGAAUAACCAGCUCCUUAGGCCUUCCUAUGAAGAUCCUGGCCAAAGAUGAAGCACAGGUUGCGAAGGGCCUCCUCGAGUCUGCGAAGCAGCAGAUGAAUGCGGAUGCCGACACCAAGAAGAAAGCUGAAGAAAACGCAUCAUCUCGCAAGUGGAAAGUCGGACUAGGUGCUGCAGCGGGUGCUGUUCUCAUUGGCGUUACUGGAGGUUUGGCUGCUCCGCUGCUUGCCGCCGGUGUGGGUUCUUUGAUGGGAGGUAUCGGUCUCGGUGCAACAGCCACAGCAGGCUACCUUGGAGCUCUUGCAGGGAGCGCUCCUUUGGUAGGAGCAUUGUUUGGUGCGUAUGGAGGACGAAUGACUGGACGAGCCAUCGACCAGUAUGCUAGAGAGGUUGACGAUUUUGCUUUCAUCCCUCUUCACAAAACUCAUGGAUUCCAUAUCAAAGACGCCGAGGGCGAUUCAAGACAUCUACGUGUUGCUAUUGGUAUAUCAGGCUACCUCAACGACGAAUCUGAAGUUGUCAAGCCUUGGCAGGUGAUCGGAAACAGCGUGGAAGGCUUUGCGCUCAGAUGGGAAGUCAAAUCGCUCGUGAAACUCGGCAGUGCGUUGACAACAUAUAUUCGAAGUUAUGCUUGGGGAUGGGCGAAGAAGGAGGUCAUCAGUCGAACAAUCCUGGCCACCCUUGCAUCCGCAUUGACACUACCUUAUGGCAUCGCAAAGGCCACAAAGUUGGUUGACAACCCAUGGAGUGUUGCUGCAUCACGAAGUGACAAAGCAGGAAAAGUCCUUGCGCAAGCGCUCAUCUCGAGGGUUCAAGGGGAGAGACCAGUCACACUUCUUGGAUAUUCUCUGGGAGCACGUCUUAUAUACUCGUGCCUGGAUGAGCUUGCAGAUCGCCGAGCAUAUGGUCUGGUGGAGUCAGUCGUGUUGGCAGGGGCAGCCGCACCCUCGGAUUCGGUUACAUGGCGAAAGCUACGAGCGGUAGUCAGUGGCAGGCUCAUCAAUGUCUAUUCGACAAACGACUAUCUGCUGGGCAUAUUGUACCGGACAAGCAGUCUCCAGUAUGGUAUCGCCGGUCUGCAGACAAUUGAAGAUGUGCCUGGAAUCGAGAACGUGGAUGCUUCUAGCAUCGUGGAUGGUCACACACAAUACCGCUUUCUCAUCGGCCGCAUUCUUGGGCAAGUCGGAUUAGAAGACAUUGAUGUAGGAGAAGAGGAGCAACAAAUGAGAGAUUUACGACAGAGCCAGAAGAAAGACGCAGAGGAGCGGGAGAAGAGCGAGAAAGAAGAGAAGAUGGUUGAGAAUGCCUCAAGUGGCCCCUGA